CUAAUAUAAUUUUCCUGUAUAUGACAUCGGUUAAAUAGCAAACUCUCAAACGCACCCGCUUCUCACUACCAGGUAGACUUCGACCAACAACACUGUUGCCAUUCUCCGACGUCGUACGGAUCAGAAGCCGUGCCGGUCUCCCACUUUGAAGAAACGCAUAGACGCGACGCCGCCUAGCCGUUGAAGGUCCUUCAGUUUUCCGACUGUUUAUUUCGCUUCCAGGGACCGCCGAUCCAAACUUCAAUCCAAGCUAUCAACAGAAAAUGCUGAGGCAUGUUUGAGAAUCUCGACUUCUUCUCAUCACCUGCCCUUCUGUUCCCCCUUUCUUCUCUCUGGUUUUUCUGAAAGAUGACCUUUUUCUUUCCCUACACUUUGAAGAAACGCAUAGACGCGACGCCGCCUAGCCGUUGAAGGUCCUUCAGUUUUCCGGCUAUUUAUUUCGCUUCCAGGGACCGCCGAUCCAAACUUCAAUCCAAGCUAUCAACAGGAGUAGAGAAUGUACGGAAGAGCUGGUCUUGAUCGCUUUAGAAAAGCUCAAUCCUUGGAACCUUUUUCAGUUAGCUUUAAUUCAGCUACAAAAACUGCUUCUAAAGUAGUUGGUAAUUCAUCAGUGCAAUAUUUACCUUCUCAAGCUGACCAACAACAAACGCAGUAUCAGAACCAACACCUUGAUCCUCAAAAACCUGCAAAACAGGAGUCCAAGAUUUCUGUUGGGCAAACACAGCAUACGACACAGGUUGGAGGCGGACAGUCAACUUGGCAGCCACCUGACUGGGCCAUUGAGCCUCGUUCUGGUGUUUACUAUCUUGAGGUGUUGAAGGAUGGUGAGAUUCUUGAUCAGAUUAAUUUAGAUAGGCGGAGACACAUAUUUGGGAGGCAGUUUCAAAGUUGCGAUUUUGUACUUGAUCAUCAGUCUGUUUCUCGCCAGCAUGCUGCAGUCAUUCCUCACAAGAAUGGCAGCAUAUACGUAAUUGACUUGGGAUCAGCACAUGGUACUUUUGUUGCAAAUGAGCGAUUAACCAAAGACAUACCUGUUGAGCUUGAAGUGGGGCAGUCUUUGAGAUUUGCUGCAUCAACUAGGACUUACAUCCUCAAAAAGAACACUGAUGCUCUUUUUCCUCGUCCUCCGCCACCCACAGAGAUCAAUUUACCACCACCUCCUGACCCAUCUGAUGAAGAAGCUGUUGUGGUCUAUAAUACUCUUCUGAACCGUUAUGGCCUUACCAAGUCUGAUCUCCUGUCCUCAGGUGGAAGUGACAACCAGCAGCUAGAGAGGGCUGCUAAAAGAAUUAAGAAAAGAAGAGUGUCAUUCAGAGAUCAUGCUGGUGGAGAGUUGGUUGAAGUAGUUGGGAUUUCAGAUGGUGCUGACGUAGAAACUGAACCUGGUCCCAUAGGCAUGAAAGAAGGAAGUCUUGUUGGAAAAUAUGAGUCUCUGGUGCAGACUACAGUGAUACCAAAAGGCAAGGAAAAACAUUAUGUGAAGGGAGAGAAUGCUUCACCCAAAGGUGUGACUGAUAAACUACUAGAAGUGUUUAAUAAGGUGAAAACUGUUCCAAAAAGUGGGAUUUAUGAUGAUCUUUAUGGAGAUUCAUUUUCUGGCAAAGUGGGGUCAUCAUGGGCAUAUUCUACCGAUGGUUCUGUUGCCACUCCGGCUUCUCCAGCUAAAGAUUCUCAAGGAAAGGCUAUUGGCAUGUCAACUGUGAAACCUGGGAAUAACUCUACCUCAAAUGACGAUGACGAUGACGAUGACGAUUUAUUUGGGGACUAAUGCAGCGGGCUGAGAAUAUAAUCUGUGGGCAGCUUCAUCGAAUUCUUCUGUUACGGAAUUUAUAGAAGAUGAAAACAGCAAAUGCUACAUUCAGGGAACAUAUUAAGCAGUUGUGUCCAUUGUAAAUGGGAAACGUUUGUUGUAACCUGUCAGCAAUUAUUAUUUCUGUAAAGACAUUUGCCAUUUCCCAUUGAGGGUUUUAACGUCGACCAGUAGGAAUCCCGUAAUGUUUGCUCGAGACAUGUUUAAGAAUGAGGAAAUGGAACGUGAUCAGGGCGGUCUCUGUAAUCUUUUUAUGCGAUAGAGGGAUUUCUCAUAA